AUGAGCACUCCAUACAACAGACGCAUGGGCGCAUGCCUGCAAUGUUCCCAAAGAAAGCGCAAGGUGAGAUUACCACAUCGGCUGCCGGAACUUCCGAUUAUGAUACAAACCUAUGGACAGUGCGAUCAUAAGCAUCCACGAUGCUCCCAGUGCCUUAAGACAGGCCAGAUCUGCGAGCCCAAGACAUUCAGGUCAUUCACUCCGUCUGCUUUCAAUACGGGACGAUGGACUGAAGGGCUCUUGGGAUCGUCGCCCGCAUCGGAGCCCAAUAAGGAUGUCGAAACGGACUUGUCGCAUGCGCAGCGGACCCUUCUAUCCACUCUUGAAACUUCUCUACGUACCCCGGACGGUCGUCAAGAGGAUUUCACAGAAGCGGGUCAUGGCCUAUGCCAAACGCCUAUUCGUCCAAGUCCUUAUCCUGACUUGGCUCUUGGGCAUCUAUCACAGCCAACCAGCCAUACCUCAAGCCCUCCAGGCCUCGGCUUUAUCCCAGACGCCUGGUACGAUAACCCCGUUAGCAUAACGGCAUUCCUAACAGAACCGCACCACUCGGCCAAGGAUACCGGGAACGAAGGAAAUACUACCACAAAUGGAAUGCAGGUGGCCAUCCCCGAGUUUUUCCCAUUAGAAGUUUCACCGAAUCAACCGUACUGUCCGAUGCCUUGGCCAGACGACAUGCUUGCAUCGCCUGAGAGGCGCUUCCUCUGGCAGUAUUUCCUUUCCGCAGCCGAGACCGAUUUCCUAUGUCUGGACUGGGAGGAUGUCGGCCACUUGUACGCAUAUCAGCACCCAUACAUCACCAAUCUCCCUUACAUGGCGCUCUCCAACGCUGCCCUACGUGGCGCCAUCCUUUGCUUCAGUGCCGCCCAAUACCAGCUACGAUUCGAGCGGGAAGAUUUCAUCGUCACGAAAAGUGUCACAUGCUCUGAGGCGGUUCGGUCCAUGGAAAUCCAACUGUCGAGCACGACACGCGAUGAGAGCAAUCUACUUUCCUUCGUCUACGCAGCUACCUUGCUCUACUCUUUUGGACCUGAGCGUCGCGAUUAUCUCCGGAUAGCGUCACAGCUUGUCAUCGAGUUUUUAGCGGGAUGGAAACCAGAAGUAAACACGUCCAAGUCGUAUCCCGAGAUAACGCUGACGGAAUACCGCUGGACUGUCAUAUGUACGCUGUGUUCUUUGCAGAAGCCCAAUCCUGCUCUGGGGGACCGGAUCUGCCACAUGAUCGAGAUGGGAGACGAUGAAGUCGAACAGAAAUAUUCCAACGCCUUUCAGAGCUGGGUUAGCCAUCCCAUUUACACAUUUUCACCUCGACUCGUCAAUCCCUUAUUGCGAAUCGGCCGGCUGUUGCAAAGCCAACUCUCCCAACUUGAUGGUGGAGCUCAUCACGAGCCCCCUCCAACUUGGGGAAGCCGAGUGGCAGAGGCAGAAGAAAUCCUCCUUCAAGCUCGUGAGCGCGAUGCGAAUGUCUCAAAGUCGGCACUCGACGGUGCAGAUCCAGUGGCCGUGGUCGCACUCAACGAAUCCAUGUAUGCAGCAAGUUCCAUCCUACUCUACGCUCGCAUCCAUGGUCUGCCGUUCACAGCGCCAUUCAUACGUCGACAGACACGCAUAGUUGUGGAUGAGAUCUCCAAGAUCCAGCCCACAUCGCACGUCUCUUAUGCCAUAGUCUUCCCACUCUUUGUAGCCGGAUGCGAGGCCGUGGAGCCGCAAGUACGGGACGUGGUCGAACAGAGACUUCGGGAGCCUCGAGGAGUAUCAUAUAAUCGUGGAGACGUUAUUGGCGCCCUCCAUCGUAUUUGGGAGAUUCGAGAUCUCGAGCCAGGCCUCCCAUGGCCGCACUGGGUUGAUAAAGUGGAACCAGGAUAUCGAGAUAUUUGCUUGAUGUAG